GUGGAAGGCGUGGCAGGAAGGGGGGAACUCUGUGGUCAGGGAACUGCUCACAGAGUUCAGCUGUGUAGUGCUGUCAAGAACGUCCGAUCCUCAGCUCACAGCCCCUCCUGCCCCCUGCCCAUGAUGAUUCCAGUGGUCUUACUCUUACUUCUUUUGGUUGAACAAGCAGCGGCCCUGGGAGAACCUCAGCUCUGCUAUAUCCUGGAUGCCAUCCUGUUUUUGUAUGGUAUUGUCCUCACCUUGCUCUACUGUCGACUCAAGGUCCAAGUGCGAAAGGCAGCUAUAACCAGCUAUGAGAAGUCAGAGGCUGUGUAUACGGGGCUGGACACCCGAACCCAGGAGACAUAUGAGACUCUGAAGCAUGAGAAACCACCCCAGUAGCCUUGGAACAAUUGUCCUUGGUCACAUAUUUCUUCAUCUUCUAAUUUUCCUUCCAGCCUUCAUGGUUAGUGUUACAUAAUCCUAUUCACUGUUUAAACCAGCUGAAUGUACCCCAGUAAUGAUAAUAAGCCCCAAAUUAACAUACACCCGUGGUUCCUUUUUUCCUGUUAAAGACUUAAGCUCAGAUGCUAGCUACUAAUGUUUAUUUUCUAAGCUUACUCUCUUGCUCCAACUUUUUCCCCAUCCCCAUUGUCAACUCCCACUAAACAAUGGAAAGGGAGUACCUCAAUAAAGCUGUUCCAGACU